UACGUUUGCGCUACUGUCAGUUGAAUUUCUACACGCAAAGCGUUCGCGUGGUUAAAGCGGUGCAUAUCAUUGACGGUUCGGCGGUUCAUGAGCGUUUAGACAGUUAUCACACUAUCGUUACUUUCGUCUGGCGUCUGGCUGCGAGCAGGCAUUGGCAGACACGAAAUCGCGCAUAACGCAUUUUUGACAUAUCGGCAAUUGUCCGUCCGUCAAUGCCAAGGCGGACGUCGAAGAGUUGACCGAAUUUCGCUUACGUUUCCGCACAGUUUUGCUUUAAUUUCGCUUUUCUGUUUUAUUCUGUGUUAUUGUUUUCGCUGUUGUUUUAUGAAAGCUCAACGUGACCCUGUUGUGGCAUUGUCGCUUGCGCGUCGGUGAAACUUGCUAAAGUGAUCAGAAUUCCAAAAAGGAACUGCGGAGCGAAGCGCAGUCAACUACAUAAUAUUUCGAAUGAACGCGAAGUGAAAUGCGAAGGUGUAAGAGCAAAGUUGAAAAAAGUAAAAAUACUGUUGGAAAACAAAUCUGAAAUUCGUGUGAAGCGAAGAGAACGCGUCAGAAAAAGUGAAAACAAGGCUGAGCCGCGAGAAUUCCCAGAGUUUUUCCCGAUGAAAAGAAUUUGCUGAAUAAACAGUUGCAUUGAAAAUAUAAAAAUCAGCGCGGUUGAGUAAUAAAAAAUACAGCUGCGAAUUCCGUAAAUAUUUCAGAUUCCAGAACUUCAUUCAUCAUAAACGCUUCACCAGAGCAAUGCAAUAAGACAGUGUAAUAAAAUGAUUAAUACGCGAUGGACUGACAACUUGUCGUAGCUCGUUUGAAACUCGUCGUGGAGCAGAUUUUCUAAAACAAAGAAAUAGUAAUUUGUCUAAUAGUGAAAUAGAAAAAGUGAAGUGAAGUGAGAACAGCGAACGUGAAAGCGAGACAGUUUCGCCGUGCUUGUGUUUGUGUAUGUGACAAUGUCUUUGUGCGCUUAUCCGCAAGUACGCAUUUACGAAGAUUUCGAUAAAAUGAGCGCCAAAGAGGUCUACUACAACGAAGCCGGCAACAAGGUCACCGUGAAGCUGCUGCACUUCCCCGAUGUACCGCCUGAGGAAGUAGAUAAUAUGAAAUUCGAUGACGACGCCAAUUACGCCGAAGAAGCCGUCGAGGCAGUUGAAAUGGCACACACCAAUUGCAAGCAGUGUUGCAUGCAAAAGGUCGGCGCUGGUGUUAGCUCGUCUUUGGUGAAUGGCGUGCCACGCGUGAAAAGUUCCAAAUCUACUGCAGAAGAAGAUGAUGACCCUGAGGAGGAGGAAGAUAACGAUCCCGAAGAGGAUGAGGUUGAUGAGUCAGGCAGAUUAUACGACGAGACCGCUGAACGUGAGGCCGAUGAGCUGUCACGUCCUCACUCACCGGCACUACCCAUGCCUACACAUGCGCAUCCGCAUCCCGUGCAUCAGCAUAGUCACUCUGUGCCAACUAAGAAAAUCUUUCGCAAGAAAUCCACCGGCAAUCAGACGCAUGCGCGCAAAUGCAGUCUCGCCUUUGCACAGGCACACGGGCUGCCGGUCAAUGUGCCGCCCACUAUUAUGGUGCCGCCGCGCGCUCCAGCGUCAAAUGAACUCAGGGGCUGUGCGCUGCGCCGCCACCUGCAACUGCAGCGCCGUUCGCCAUCACCACAGCAAAAUCUUUGUCCCGGUUAUACGCAGUACUCCAUGUCUUUCCUGGAAGUGCCGUUGCCACGUGACUAUGGCUAUGCGUCCAGCGACGAUUUGAGCUCCGAAUGGGAUUCCGAUGUGCCAACGAUGUCAGCGAGCCGCGGACAGACGCAAACGAAAAAGCCUUCUGGUUGGCGCAAGCUACGCAACAUUGUGCAAUGGACGCCAUUUUUUCAAACCUACAAGAAACAGCGCUAUCCCUGGGUCCAACUGGCCGGUCAUCAAGGCAAUUUCAAGGCCGGUCCCGAACAGGGCACCGUCCUAAAGAAGCUCUGUCCAAAGGAGGAGGACUGCUUUCGCGUGCUCAUGAAGGACGUCCUGCGUCCCUAUGUACCGCAAUAUAAGGGGCAAGUGACCAGCGAGGAUGGUGAAUGUAAGUACAUAUACUUGCAACUGCAGGACUUGCUGAGCGAUUUCAAUCAGCCCUGUGUUAUGGACUGCAAGGUCGGCGUGCGCACUUAUCUCGAGGAAGAGCUUUCCAAGGCCAAGGAGAAGCCGAAGCUGCGCAAGGAUAUGUAUGAGAAAAUGAUACAGAUUGAUCCGGAUGCACCCAGUGAGGAGGAGCACAAGGCGAAGGGUGUGACCAAGCCACGUUACAUGGUUUGGCGCGAGACAAUCUCCAGCACAGCGACACUGGGCUUUCGCAUUGAGGGCAUUAAAAAAAGCGAUGGCACUAGCACCAAGGAUUUCAAGACCACGAAGUCCCGCCAGCAAAUCAAACAAGCCUUCCGCGAGUUCGUCAAUGGUUUUCAACAUGCUAUGCCCCGUUACAUACAUCGUCUGCAGGCGAUUCGCGCCACACUCGAAUGCUCGGACUUCUUUCAGACACACGAAGUUAUAGGCAGUUCGCUACUGUUCGUGCACGACCAUUAUCACGCCAGCGUGUGGCUAAUUGAUUUUGCCAAGACCGUCGGCUUGCCCGAAAACCAAAAAAUCGACCACAGAAGCACCUGGACGGUGGGCAACCAUGAGGACGGCUAUUUGAUUGGCAUCAAUAAUUUAAUCGACAUUUUCACCGAACUCGAUGCAGAAAUGGCCGUUGAAACUUCGCUAACGCCAUCUUCGGCCUCUUCGUCGGCUUCGUUGUCGCCGAAACGCAAUUUGAGCGAAUCGGCACUCGAGGACACAGCGUCCGGUAGCAUGAUGAGAGAAGGCGAAGUGGUGUUGGAGACGAUUAAGCCAGCAAAGGUGGCUACAGUCGCAGACACUCAGCCAACGCACAGUCCCAUCGAAGCCGGCUCAACAGCAGAGCAGCCCUCUACCAGCCUAUGCGCCGCUGCAAAAGCAACGGAGGAGAAAGAGCCGGUGGACGGCUCCCAGGAGGCGCGUUAAGCCAGCUUUCUUGAUGCUGUACGGCUUUUGCACGCAUUGCAGAUUUUGGUGAAAAGUCGAAGGCCGCUCGUUGGCUUCACGUUGACCAUUCACUAGGGCUCUCAGAACCCCGUGAAUAUGAAGGAUGAAAUAAUGAAAUAAUAGAUUUAGCUGGAAAUUGAAUUACUCGUAAGCACGCAAGACUGAACACAUAGUAAUUUAUUGAGUUACAUACAUACAUGCAUGUAUUUUAUAUGAGCCUACAUACAUACAUACAAACCUAUGUACCACUAAGUAAAUAAGCAGAAAUUACAAAAAAACUAAUUUUAAGUAACGGCUACUUGUAGCGGAAGCGAGAGAGCGGAACAAGGAUAGGCGCUAGACAACAGCACAACCGACACUGCUCAACACGAGCGCCCAGCACGAGCGCGAGCCUUGGCGAUUUCGCGACUUCGACAGUAGAUAAUUAGAGCUAUUGCACUAUUUAAGUUUAACGGUAUAUGCAACAAACACUUCAAGCGGCUUGAAGUGGCAAAAUGCGUUGCGGUAGUUAUGUAACUGUAUUAUCCUAUCCUGUUAGCAACAAAUUAAGGCGGCGCACAGCGUUCGAUCACUCAAAACGAUUAUUAUUUGUAUUUGUAUUUUAUUAUUUUCAAAUGUCACACACAUCAUUAGCCACAUCAAUACACACACACAUAUAUACAUACAUAUGUACGCACACAAUCACUGUUGUUGUGUUUAAGAAAUAACUGUAAAACUUUUUAACGAGGCAAUACUUUCAAUAAAAUGUUUGCAAAACAA